GCAAUACUCAUUUGACAGUUCCAUCACGAAAACACAAGUGCAUAAAUGUCUCCCCGCGAUAUUUCCGUGAGAAAUGACUUCUACAAAUGAUGGAAAAGACGUGAAAAGUAUUCAAACAAGCGUCCUAAAGGGAAAAACACAUCUUAUCGAGUUUUAUAAGGCAAUCGACGCGGGCCUUUCGAACUCCACUGAGCUCAGUGAACGCGUUAAAUACCUGUGUGAGGCAUGGAGGCAAGUGCCCUAUCUCUGCUUGUGCUCCGUGCCUGACACCCAAACACAUCUGAUCAAUUGGAUACAAAGAUACACAGCCAGAAAUGUAUUCCAGGAAGAAUGGCGGACUCCGAAGAGUAAAGCCGAGCACAGCAAACUCAAAGAAUCCAUAGAAAUUACACUUCGGGAGGUGAAAACCUCAAUAAAAAACAACCAUGGCGAGUGUCCACAGUGGAAACGUCUACUCUCUGCACAUGGAGAAUGGUUCAUCAGGAACAUGGAGAAUCCCUGGGAUCAGCCUGUUCUCAAGAAGCAGGAUCCGAUAACUGCCGAAGAGAUACUAGAAUGGCUGAGGGACGAGCAAGCGGUGAUCUUCACGACGCGGCUGAUUCAGCUGGCCGCUUCAAAAUGCGAAGUACUAGCGCUUCGGCUCAUCUCGACGAUCAUGGACCGUGUACGCGAGGAGACCACCGUUGUGCCGGACGCUGACGAGGCUGAUGAUUCUAAAGAUAAACCAAUUCCACAAAGUACACCGUCAAUCUACGAGGACAUCUUAACAAAAGAAGCGGGCUUCACAAAAGAAGUUUGGCAUUUUCUCACUGAUUUGGAGUUUGUACUGUUACACAAAAGAAAUCAGCGAGAACAGUGUAUUAAGCUGGCCAAACAAACGCCACUCCGUGGAGCCCACAAACUUAUUGAAAGACUUCGAUACAGACAGAAGACACCGGCACCAGAUAAGAAAUUAUGGAAGAAUGCCUCAGAAAUUGCAACUUUAAUAGCACAAGUGGUGGUGGUGCGCUGCAUGGUGGUGUCGCGGUGCGCGGGCGCGGUGCGGAAGGCGCUGUACCACUGCAGCGGCGCCCUGGUCGCGCUGCUCGGGCCCGCCGCCGUGCCCGCCGCCGCGCGCGCACUCGCCGCGCCCGCCGCCUCCGCCGCGCAUCUGCACACGCUCGCCGACGCGCACCACGAGCAGAGCUCAGAAGAGCUGAAGCCGUUUGUCUGCGAGCUGUACGUGCGCGCGAUAACGGCCGGCAUGAACGAGCUCGAAAAACUCAAACUGAAGACUGAAAAGGAAAGAGAAGCACGUUCGACAGAACAAAUGCUAGCUCUAUGGUUCGUGCAGUUAAGCGAUUUGCUGUCGUCGAGCCAACGUAUGAAGUGCGAAUGUAUCUUGACCGCGUUCUCCGUGCACCCCUCUCCUCUCAUGUACGAGAAGAUUCAGGCGGCACCAACAUUGGCGCCAAUUGCUCUGGACACGCAUGAACCACGAGUAGGAAAAGACACAUCAGAAUUUGGCAGCUGGGCGACAGACAGUCGCUCCCAAACGAACUUAGUGAAGACUUCCGAAACACUCAACUUGAAACAGUCACAGCACCAAGCAAAUGUACUCUCCACAGCAAUAUUAAGCGAGGGCGAAGCCCUGGGCCUCAGUGCAGAGCUAUGCCAAGACAUCUCAGUGUUGUUAUCAGGACCUCGAGUAAAGACACUCUCUUGGGACAUGGAUAGGGACUUACUACUUGAUAACUGUAGAUCAUACAUGGAAAGGACUAAUGGGGGCACGAAAGCUCUCACCACUGAACUUAGGUACUUAAAUUUGGACCCAAAGGCGUAUCAGCAUCUGCCUGAAGAAGAUGACAAUGAGAAUGAUGCAUUCUAUGGCAUAGAAAAAGGUUACGAACACCUGGUUGAGUUUCAAGAGGAUGAGCCCGAAGAGACUUGGCAACCGACGACCGUACUUUACGACGAGACCUACAGUCCUUAUUCAAGUAAUAUAGAAUCAGAUUUUUCCGUGUACAGACGAAAAAAGAAAGUAAAACCUAAUUUCGAAAGUUCCGAAGAAGAAUGUAAUCCACUUAGUAUCGUAGCAGAAACCAAGAAAAAAGAGAGACCUCACAGCAAAGAGAGGAGUAAAGAAAGAUCUCAGAACAGAGAGAAAAGCAGUGAGAGACAUCAGAAGACAGACCAACAAAAAAGUAAACAGAAGUCACAGAAGAAAGAACGACGAAAAAUAACGUGUGCUGAUGAAGAUCCCCUUGAUAUUACGGGACUCAUUCAAGAUCAAAAGAAGGAAGUUAUUGUUGCUAAACAAAAGAAAAAAGAAAAACGAAAAAAGAAGGAAGAGAAAAUCGUUCCGAAGUGUAGUUCUUUAUCUCGCCUCGUCGGCAAGAGAAUCACGAAAGUUUGCAAACCAAUUGAGACAUAUAAAACUGCAUCGGUAACGGACAGUGAUUACGACAAUCAAGGCAAGUGCUCGCUCAACUCUGAAGGAACAGAAGAAGUCGUUUUCGAUGGCUUGUACUCAAUGGACGAACUGAGGUCUCCCGAAAAUAUUUCACAGACUGAAAAAAUUGGACCAUCUAAUAAUGAAUUCUCCAUUGCCAACAAUAUCAAUAAAUCCAUAUCUUCCAAACCCAGUUCGAUACGGGCAAUUCAAAUACACCGAAAUAUGCAAACCAGCCAUAAAAUUCCUCCUAGCAUUCAUAAUCCACGACCUAUUUUCAAGAACGGCCCUGAGGAAGUGAAGAAAAGUAAAUCAGUGCUAAUUGAAUAUAGAAAACAGUUGAAUUCUACCUAUUCGAAAGUUCAAAAAUCGAAUAGUACCACCGCAACAACCAAUUUAAACAACUCACUCUUGAAGCCCAUGAAAGCUAUUAAACAGGAAAGCUCUUUUCAAGCUCAAAUACGACCUAAACCUGUUACCAUACCUGAGAUACCUAAGGUUUUCAUUAACAAAAAUCAAUCUCAAAAGUUAAAUGUAUUAAAUAGUGAAGUAAAUAAAAUACUCAAUAAAACUCAAGCACCCUACCAAAGUCUGAAUAAUGAAUCGCUUUUGAAUACUCAACCUGCCAGUGUACAUAUUGAGUCUCCUAGUUAUUCACCGGCUGCAUACAGACCUAUUUAUCCGAUGAAAGAAAAUAAUGUUAUAAAGAAUUCUGAACAUACAUUACCUACCACUUACUCAUUACCACAAGUUUCCCAACCAACAGAUAAUACGCUUGAUAAUUUCGUUAAAGAACUGAAAGUAACAAUAAAUGCUGGUGCGGGAUUAUCAAAUAGAGCUCUAACGCCUAGCCACAGAAAUAUUAAUCCCGCAAACAGAAUGACGCCUCCAAUAAGUGCUACAACUAAGUCUGAAAUUAAAAACAAAUGUGCCAAACAAGGAAUUCAGAACAAAUCUGAUACUGAAAUAACUUUUUCACGUCUCAGCUACUUGCAUAAGAACAAACAAAAAGUUGAUGCUUUAAUUGACUAUCAAGAUGCGAUCCUCAAGGAGUAUUUAGCACCGACGGAAUCAAACAGGACAUCCGCGGACCAGAUUAAUUUAACUGAACACCUACGAAAAAAUAGCGCAGGACUCAAAACUGAAGCUAAUAAUCUUCCACCUAAUACAAGCAUGUCGGUAUUGAGAAAUGUAGAAACACCGAAACAUAAAUAUCCAUCAAAUACAAAUAGUCAAACUUCAGUGAAUAAUCUACAUACCAUACCUCGAGAGACGACUACGGGUCAUAGUUCUAGAUAUGACACAUACAAGAAUCUUCCAAUGGUCAAACCCGACAAUUUAACGACCUACCCUACAAAGACGUCUCUUUCGGAAAAAGACCAACAAGACAUUUUACAUAUAUUACGACAGCAAAACCAUUUAAACAACUUUCAAACUGUCGUGAAGAAAGAAACGAAUUCGGCCAAGGGAGAUAACCAUAACUCAGAAUUGAGCAAAAAUAACGCAGCACAUUUCAGUACUCCUAGCACCUUUUUGACACCGAGUGCGCACCUUGAAAGGAAGAUAGAUAAUUUUCAUAAAACAGAGUAUCAAAAUAAUAACCAGCAAACUAAUAAGAAAAGCAAAAUAUUGAUAACUGACAUGCAGACUAUUAAACCUCCUACUAGUGUUAAACCAAUGCAGCCGAACAAUGCCCCUAAGCCAGCUCGUAACCGCUCGAAGUCUAACAACGGAAAUGGAAUUAAAAAGUCGCCAAGCUCCGUCCAAGUUACCAAAGAGUAUAAAGUAAAAAAAAUGGACGACAGCAAUCUUACUGGAUCAAAAGUGAAACCCAGCACUGACUGGGAGAGUGUGAUGAACGCUAUUCGAGCCCAAAAAACUCCAAGUCGCGGACCCAAGGCUCUCGAUCUAGGUUUGAAUAGGAGUUCAUCAGAACAAGCAUUUUCAAACGUCCAACGUGAUCAAGGUAGUAGUACAAAGAUAAAGACCCCCGACACUGAAAGUAAAACUGUCAAUGAAAGAAAUUCAUCAUUAAAACAGACAACAAAAGUCAAUACAAAGAGCGACUCCAUUCGUAAAUUACCGAUCGACACGUGCACUGCAACUAACCCUGAUAAAAAAAUUAAAACGCCAAAGAUGCCUGAGCCAAACUUUAGAAAUACAUCUAAAGAAGUUGCCCACCAAUUUGGUUCAUCAAAAAAGGCUGGCGUUGAAUUGGGAGCGAAACAGUUUUCGUGUUCUCUGCCAAAAAAUGAUGACCCAUUUAUAUCUGGAAUAGAAAACUCUGACUAUGAUCUUAUAGAGGCAUUAAUGGAUGACGACCUACGACAGGAAAUUGGCGAGUUGUCGUCUGAUGAAGAAUUCGCAACUUCGACGCACGCUGUCAUUAAGAAGCCCCAGAAAACAUACAUUGACAAAAGUUCAAGUGAGGCCAGUACGACUAUAGUACGGAAUAGUCAAGUCGUGAACCCGCAUGAUAGCAGUCGAAAUGCUAACGAUAUUAAACAACAAAUUGUGCAAAUGUCAGUAAUAAGGACUAACGACCCAUCUAAAAUUUACAUUCCAUCAGUAAAGGGGCAAACCACAAAUGUCCCAUCAACUGUGAAAGCGACAAAUCCACUUAAGGAUUAUACUCAUAACGCUAGACCUAAUUUACUUGGCAAUAAUAUGGCUAAUUCAAAACUCGAAAUACCUCAGCAUGAGAAUAAGAAUGGUGCGACGGAACAUAUUCAAAAGAAGAAGACGAAUUCACAUGUUGCACCAGUGCAACAACAAACUGCUCCCAACGUUGUUCUCCUAGGAUCUAAUUUAAGCUAUGAUCAAUACAACAGAGUGCAACCACAACUCAAUAUUGAAUUGGGAUUGCAACAAGAUCCCUACAUAAACACACCUAAGACUGUGUACCAGCCGGCGCAAUUUAAAAGACCAGUUAUAAAACCUGUUAUUAUUAGUAACGUGCCAAUAUUGACCAACCAUUUGCCGACAUCCACAAUAUCUGGACAGUCUACUUCAACCAACACAGUGCUUUUACAAGGUAAUCCGCCAAAAUCCAACACCGCAGUCAGUCAGGUUUCACAAGGAACAGUAAAUCAAACAGACUAUACUUCGAAUCUGGGGAACAGUGGAUCAUAUCUUGUAGAUUCAAUACCAUCAAAUUCGCGUAAAACUCAGCCAAUCAAUCUACAUAAAGACAGUGGUACCAGUAUCAUUUCAGGUACUUAUUCCAAUAAAAGCAGUGACAAAAAAAUACAUAUUUUAAAAUCUCAAGAAAAACAAGACAUUCUAGUACAUUCAGAGGGCUUAAAUAAACUAGAACGUGAACAGCAAAAACCACAAUGUCGACAGAAAACACCAUCUGCUACUAAUAAGAAAACAAAAUGCCGAGGUGCUAUUGUCGAAUCGAUUCUAUCUCCAUGUACACCACACGUACAAACCAAUUCGACAAUCAAACUAACAGAAACACAAAAUAUGAAUUGUUUGUCAUACCCCAAGAAAAUUUCGGAACAAGAUCAAACGCAUAAGAGAAUAUUACCACAAUCUUCAAACAAUUCAAAAGUAGCCAGAAGUAACAGGAAAGAAACCAAUCUUGAUUCUCAAACAAUAAAAGGUGUUUGCAGUGAAUCGAGUCUGGAAAGAUUGGUUUCUAAGAGAGUUAAAAAAAUGGAUGAACUUGAAAUAAAAGAUAAAAUUAUUGAAAUUAUAAAAAUAAAUAAAAAACGAUCCAAAGCAAAGAAGGUUGUAACUGCUAACGAAUCUCGUCCUGAUAUGUCUCAGUUUGCUCCUAUAAACAAUGACAAGGAGACAGAAGCUGCAAGAGGUUUCAUUGAACCUCGUUGUAACCCUUCCCAGUCUGUUCCUGUUAAAAGUAUGAAAGACACUGGUGUUAUUUCUGUGAAUGAUGUUCAUGCUGACAUUUCGAAGUCAAUGCCUGCCCAAAGUGUAAAGGAGAUAGGAGUUUUAGCAGCAAACGAAGUUCGUUCAGUAAAUCCUAAAUUUGUACCUGUAAAUACCAUCAAGGGAACAGAAGUUAAACCAUUAAAUGAUGUUCGUUCUGAUAUUCCCAAGUUUGCAUCUGUUAAAACUGUUAAGGAGACAGCAGUUAUUGAUGUGAAAGAUUGUCCAGAAAUUCCUAAAGCUCUUCCUGAUGAUACUGUCAAACAGAGAGAAGUUAAAGCUUUGAACGAUGUUCUUCUUGAGAUUCCUAAGCCUGUACCUAUUAAAAGUGUCGAGGAAAAAAGAGUUAAAGCUUCAAAUAAUAUUCGGCCUGACGUAUCGAAGUCUGUAUCAGAUAUUCCUAAAAUUAUUUCUGUAGAGAAUAUAAAGGGAACAAGAGUUAAACCUGCAAACGAUGUUAGACUUGAAAUUUCUAAACCUAUACCUGUGAAAAAUGUCCAGGAAGCAGGAGCUACUACCACGUAUGUCGUUCAUCCGGAAAUUCCUAAAGCUUUUCCUAUAGUAGAAACUACUAAAGGGAUAGCAAGUGAAGUAUUGAAAGGUGUUCGUCCUGACGUUUCUAGGUCUAUACUCGUGCAGAGUGUCAAAGAAACAGGAGUUAUACCUGUAAAAGAACAUCCUGAAACUCCUAAAAACAUUCCUGUAGAUACUGUCAAGUGUACAGGCGUUACAACUGCGAAUGAAGUUUGUCCUGACAUAUCUAAGUCAAUACCCGUGAUGAGCGUCAGAGAAACAGUUAUGGAUCACGAGUUGUUACUGAAUAAUUUAGAAACAAAUAAAGAAAUGAGUCAGAAUGACACUUGUAAAACGCCGUUAAAGCAUAAUGGUGUGACAACUAGGUCUAAAACGUUUCAAGCAUUACAAAGUAAAACCGACAAGUUCGAUUUGGAAUUGGCAUGUGCUCUCGUUGACAAUAAUAUUGAGUUUAAUACGCCUAAAUCAGUAGAGAGUUGCGUGUCUGGCCCUAUAAAGGAACAGGCACCUGCUAACAAUGAGUCUGAAUCUAAAGCGAAUGAAUUACUUAAUAAUAACAUUUCCAUACCAACUUUCCUAUCAAGCGCAGAACAAAAUUCUAUUACCACUAAAACAGACAUUACUUGCCCGCAACAAGCCGUCGUUGCACUACCACCAAACGAAAACGUAAUUAAUGUUGGAGAUCAUUUAGAUGACAAUACGAUUGAUUCAGACUGCGAACUUGUUGAAGAGACACCAACGUCAAACGAAACAUCUGAAAUCAACCAUAAACAGAUGUUGCCGUUAUCGAAGAGGAUUAUAAAUAGUGGCAAUUCAUCUUCGCAGAAUGCUCCUAGUAGUAAACCGGAGCAGGUUAAGACUUGUAACAAAAAUAUUAUAAUGACAUCCCAUACCACACAAAAUUCAUUAUUACGUACAAAAAAAGUAAUAGAAUACAUCAAAUUAAUGGACGACGAUGCUAAAGAAAAACCAAAUGAAUCAUGUAAUAAAAAUUGUGACGUUAACCAAAUAAAAGCAUCAGACAUUCCCCAGUCGUUCAAAGACGAUUUUAAAAUAGAACACUUGGAAUCUGAUGAUAACGAUUCUCUAAAGAAAAUAAUUAGAAUUAAAUCACCGAAUGGUAAAACAUUUAAGGCUACAAUUUACGGAAUGUGUCUAGACUUUGAUACAUUAUUUGAGGAGCCAUCUUUGCGGACAAUACUGUUAAGUAACUUAGCUGAAAAAAAACGAUAUACUUUGAACUUUUUUCAAGUGGCUCGGGAGAAAUCAAAUAUUCCAAUCCGUACUACUGUUCAAGAAGUGAAUGUGCAACCAAUAUCUACAGGAAAAGAAGAAACCAUUGUAUUAAGUGACGACGACGAUGAAGAAGUAAAAGUGAACAGUUUUAAAACCGAAUACGGACAGUACAAUGUGCGAAUUUCCGAUACCACAUUGAUUGAGAAACACCAAAAAAAGUUUGAUCAAAAAUGUCGCGUAGAUGUGGUUAGAUUUAACUUUAAAAAAUAUGAAAAUAAGUCAACUACCGAUAAAUUAAACUCUGUAAACUCCAUUAAGGGUUCCACAGUUGAUAGCUCGACGAAUUUGAUUCCACAAUCUUCGUCGCAAACAACACCGGUUGAAAUCUUGACUGAAAGGAAUAAAAUAGAAACACAUGAAUGCAAACAGGAACUAAAGCAAGAAACUGUUGAAAAUGAUGUAUUUGACAAAAAAUCUUUAGAUUCGAUUGACACACAAAGCGUUGUGACGUCGGAUUGGCCAACAUCAUCAUUUCCGCCCUCGCCGACAAAGUCGAAAACUGUGAAUAAUUCUAUUGGCAAUUCUGAGCAUCAAACGCAUUCAGAUCUGACAGAGAUGGACACUUUUAAAUCGAACCCAUCUACGAAUACUACAUCUAUAGGGGAUAUUGACUCUAAAUCAGCAAUUUCACAAACGUUAUUAGAUUCUAAACCAAUUGAAAAUAUCUUACCAGAUAACUUUGAUUCAGGGAAAUAUUUGACAGCUGAAAUACAAGAUUCAGCUACCAAAAAGACUACCAGUGAUGACUUGAUAUGUGAACCCGUUUCAGUUUUAGCAAGUCCCAUCUCAGCCACGGAACAAACCGUUUCGAAACUUUUUGAUCUCGAAAAAUCGUCAAUGCAAUUAAUUUCUUCAGAUGUUGAUAGCAACUGUGUCUUUGAUACUACAACGGAUGAAACAAUACCGCUAUCACCCUUGAUAUCGUCAGACCGGGACUCGCCAACGGAAUGCAUUUUACCAGACUAUAAUUCUAUAAAUUUGUGUUCUUCGGACAACUACACUAUUGAAAACACAAAUUUAGAUUUUAAUACAUUGCUGUCGGAUUCGGAAGCAUCAGCGGAAAUGAUUUUACCAGAUCGUAAUCCAAUGGAAUUUAAUGAUAACACUAAUAUAACGACUAGAAAAUCACUGAAUGUAUUUGGAGUCGAGGACUCUACAAACGAGAGCGAGAAUAGUCAAGGAGGUGCCGAGAGUAUGGAAUCGAACCUGAAUACAUUAGGAGAUAAUAUAGCUGAUCGCAAUACAAGUUCUGUUCAAGAAACCACCAAAACCGAUGAUUUUAUCAACCUUCCAUCUAACGUUUGCGAAGCUAAGAUCUUAGCCAGAAAUGUAAACGUAAAUUUAAAAUGCUACGUAAAACUUACCAAAUGCGACAAGCUGGCGAAGACUCACGAAAAUCUUAGAAUUAUAAGAAAUACUUGCUACGUUCAUUUGACAAGAUGUGACGAUGUAAUUGAAAAGCUCAUGAGACUGAAAUCGAAUGCAGGAAACGAUCCAAAUCCGAGAGACACAGGAAGGUCAUCGCCCUUGAUGGAAGUUUUUGAAAUGAUUGCGUCUUUUCAGAGCAGGGUCAAUGGUGAAAAACAACAAAUGUUCCAAGCGUUAACUAGUCAUUUAUGUGAGGCAGACUGGUUAAUAACGAAACGAAAACUAUCAAAACUAAGCAUACACGAGUUUUCUAAUGAAACAAGAAAAUUAUGUAUUAAAAGUGGAAUCAUUGAUAGCCAAGCGAAUAAAAAGGAGGACGUUCUUAAAACACCUCCUUUCAAUAAAAACAUUUCCGAAGACCAUUCGAUGAUCUGUAAAUUGAAAUCAGUUGAAACGGUUAUUAUGCCAGAAACUAAGAUUUCGCCACGGAAUUUGAAAAGGAAAAUUGAUCAGUGUGAAACACACAAUACUAAAUUAUCUAAAAUGGAAGAAAAACCUAUUUCUCUAGAUAAAAAUAUAUUACCUGAAAGGUUUACAGAGAAAAUUGAUUUUACAUUUAAUGAGGAUUCUCCGCUAAUGUCUAGUGUACAGUCAGGGAGUCUAAUCGAGUCUUAUGAUAAAAAUGUAGAAGAAAUAAUAUUAUUCAACGAAAUCAAUAUCGACGAGGUCGAUUCUGACCGUGAAACUGUAUGUUCAACUAAUAGUAUAAGCCUUUUAGCGGAAUUUUUGGGCAGCGAUGACGUUUUGGAGGUCGAAAAUACAAAUAUCAAAACAAAAAUGGAAGAAUCAAAAGACGUUCCGAUUCACAAUGUUUCACCGAAAACAUUAUUCCAAUCAAAUGUAUUAAAUAGAUCACAAUCGACUAUCAUUUUAGAUGAAAGUUCACUUAUUCCAGAAGCUUCAGCUUGCACGGGAAACGUUACUGACGCAACCUUAAUGAGAGAAACGAAUUAUAGUACCCCGACAGGAACCAGUGAUAUUGGACCACUUAUUACGUCGUCUGUGGAAAAUAUACAAAUAUCAAAAGAUACUGUGUCAGUUUUUGAUAUUGCAAAGAACGGAAUUGACGAAAAUCAACCAAUAGCAUUCGAUAAAAGUUAUGAUGAAUUCUCUCUUCGAAGUAAUCUGGAACAUGAAUCUGAAAUCUCUGUUGACAAGGAUAAUUUUAAUAGAUCGAAUAAUGUCUAUGACGUUAAAAUGAGUGAGAAAGAAACCAGUAUCACAAAUACUUUAAGCAUUCCCGAUAUAGUUCUCGAUGAUAUUAAGGCGAAGGACCUAACAGAACCAAAAAAUGUUAUACAGGAAGAAAAUCCACAAUCUGAUUCUGUGGCAGUGCCUAUUGAAUACGAGGACUCUACCCCCCUAGAAAAUCAAACCACCAAAUCAAAUAAUAUGAGCAUAUCAUGUAUUAGUUCUACCGGUAGUGUUGUUACAAAUUGUCUACAAGUUUUAGACAAAGAAAAUUCUAUAAAUGAUUUUAGUGUUCCUAGCGCAACUGAGAAUAAUGUGCGUGAUGAUAAAACAGAUCCAUCAACGUUAUAUGAUCAUGACAGUGGGAACAGCAAUCCUUUGAGAGAUGAUCAGCUACAUCUAGACUCUAACAGGUCAAAUGUUAGUCCAAACAUCCUUUCUCAGGAUAUGGAAGUUGUAGUGAUCGAUGUUGAUGAUCGACUUGUUGAUAAAUACAAUAAGGACAACAGUAAAUAUGCAAAAAUAAGUAAAUCAUGUUUAUGUAGCGACACAGAAGAAAACGAAAUACUAAAUAAAUCACAAAAUGAAAAUCUUGAUAAAGAAAAUAAUAUUGAUUCAAUGAACGACAAAAAUAUGCAAGACUAUACAACGUUGAAAAAUAAAGAUAUUUUAAUAUCUCAACAUUUUCGUGAAAGCAUUAAUUGUAAAGGUUGUUUUUCUGAUAUAUCGCAACUCGAAAACAAAGACAGUUGUAAAAACAGCAAAAUUACACAGAAUAAUACUCAUUGUAAUACUUCAAGUACCAUUGAUGUCCAUCCUGUUGAGAAAGAGAUUAAUCGAAACAGCUCUGUGAACGAGGAAUAUGAUAUGAGAAUUCGAGAAAAUAGUACAAACCAUAAAAAUGUUUUACCAAAUAAUAUAAAGAAUGCAGAUCAUAACGAUUCCGAUAAAUUGAAAAACAUAGUGACCGACGUAAAUAAACAAGACGAAAAUAGUAAAUCAGCAUCAGAUAUCGGUACUAAAAAUAACGCACCGGAAAUGGAGGCUUCUAAAAGUGACAAUGCAGUCGAGUUUAAAAUUAAAGAUGUCGAAAAUUUAAAUGAUGAUUUAGUUAUAGAAGGCGUAGAGUACCAAGAUCCAGAAGUAGGAACAUGUUACGUAUUCUCCAUUGUGGGAAGUCCUAACUUUAUUAGUGAAAACAAUGAUAAAGCAGAAGAAUCGCAAUCAGAUGUGGAUAACAACUUUAAAAUAUCAGAUACAUGUGAUAGUUCUGACAUCGAAGACCUAAAACUGAUAGUACCCAAGAAUACAUACUCAAAAAGAUGCAAAACAAAUAAUGAGGACAUAGAUUUUAAUGACCGAAAGAACAAACGCAAUUUAAAAAGAAAAUUGGAUAUAACCGAUGUAAAAAUGAAAGAAAAGAGAUAUAGAAAAGGCAAAAAUAUUGAUUACCCAAAAUUCAGUAAGUUUUCUAUGUUGGAAACGAGAUACAGUAAAGAAUACAAUAACUUAAUUGACUACUACAGGUCUGUACAAUUUUCAUAUUCUCGUCCGUUUCACAUAGAUCACAUAAAUGUCGAUCUAUUACAUCAAAACUGGCCCAUCCAAAGCACAAUUAAAGAUUUCGGUCAUAGUAUUGAUAUGAAUUUAUUCAACGAUUUAGAAAUGACAAACACACCAGACCCACUGAAUCAAACGUUGGCAGAAGAAUUAAUUGCUAACUAUGACGAUGUGGAAAACUGCACAUCGAAUGAAAUUAAGGAAACAAAUUUCAAAAUGGGUUUUGGUGAGGAGUCCGACAGAGUCAUAAAUUUGGGAUUAGACUUUUCAAAAUUUCCGGCUGCGACUCUGUCGGACGUAAAGCAAUAUCAGCCGAUAUUACAGUCCGCAAACAGUAUCCAUAAGAACAACAUAUCUACGACAAAUAUUAAAAACGAACAACUGGAGGGUAUUAAACGUUUAACGACAUACAUUCAUUUAAAGGAUAAAGUGAGAGAUUAUUUCCAUAAAAAUACCUUUGAUCUGAAUUUCGAUAACGUGCACCAUAAGACCUUUGAAUCAAAACACCUUGAUUGGGAUACAAAAGAUUUGUUGACGGAUCUCUGUCGACCAGAUUUUUUUAAUCCCUUUCCGGUGGAACAUGUCGUCCAAGUCGUGCAGGUGGGACAGCUACCAGUCAGUACUGCUGCUCAGAACCCUGUGACCUGCGACCCUCGAGUAACUCAAGUAUCUGACGCCAGCCCGUCACAGUGCUCAAUGGAAAACAGUCCAAAUGACGAUUCUCAAUCGGUAAUCAAAACAGAAUAUACAGAACUCACCACAGCCGAUUUGCCUCUAUCAUUGGUGCAUGGCUACUCGCAGCAUAAUUUACAACACUUACAGCAUUCUGAGAUGCUCGAAGCUGACGGUGAUAUUUCCAUGCACACCGAAAUAAAGUCUGUCGUUAAAAUCGAACUAGUGGAAGAGUUGCCGGAAGAAAAGGAUGAAAGCGAAAUCCCGCUGAGUAAUGAAUUAGAAGUAAGAACCAUCAAAAUAGAAAAUGAAGCAGAUUAUUCUUUCGAAUCCAACCAUGUGUCUCCUAAACCAGAGCCAAGUCCAAGUCCGACAGCACCUAUAUACCAAAAUGAUUAUCCUCCAGUGGAACAGGAGAAAGAAUCAAAUUGUAUCACCGUAUCAAAAGAAUAUAAUGACAGAUACGAGAAAAAAGACCAAAUAGCUCACGCUAUGACAGCCGCUGGUAUACCAACUUCGCCAGAACCGGCCACUAGUCCCUCGCCUGAUAUGAUGCCUGAAAGUAUGUGUCAAGGUUCAAUUGGAAGUAAUCAAACUUCAAGCAAUUUUCAAAAAAUUAGCUCUGUGGCCUUACAACAGGCGCUAGCCCAAAUCCUUCCACCGCCAUUGAAUCAGACCAACGUGCAAGAGAAUGGCCAGCAAGGUUCUAAUCCUUCGAUAGCGCCACAAGUCUUGCAUAUUGUUAAAAAUGCUUCCGGAAACCAACUAACUCUCGUAGAUAAUACACAGCAAUCUGUUAUAAAUACGACAGGCUCUGCUACUCCAGUAUUGCACAUUGUACAGAACAAGGGUCCAACGCAAGCUAACGCGGCCUCAGCAGCUCCAACGAACACGUUCAGUGGACUGUCACUUGUCGAUACUGGAUUUCAACAAGGCAGUAACCAGCUCCUCCAUAUAGUAAACGCUGGAAAUCAAAACAAUAACACCGGGCAAUUAUUAAAGCGAGUGAAUCUCUUAACGAACCUCACGAAUGCUCAAGGGUCCAAUGAACAGAAAAUCGUGCAAUUCGUAUGCAAGUCUGCGGACGGAAAAGCCAUUCAACUUAAUGCACCGCAUCAGCGCGGUAUGGUCUUAAGAUUGCAGCCAUUUGAUACAUCUAAUGUUCAAAGUAGCUCCGCAAAACCAACAGAAAACCAAGAUCCAAAUCAAUCUCCUGCUUCCCAAUGUUCGACUCAUAUUAAUGAUGCAACGUCACAACAAGAAAUCAAGACCAGGUCCGUCUACGAAGAAAAUUAUACACAGUUUAUAAAUAAUUCUACAACACAACAGACCGUUUCGGAAUCUACCAGUCUACCGAAAUUCAAUCAAGCGUUUGGGAAGCAAGUGUUUCAAGACGAGACACAGAAACAGGACGAGAUAACAAAUAACAAUUCUCAUUUGCCGUCGAUGAAUCCGGAGAAUUCGGAAUGUCAGUCGAGUGAGAACUCGCUGAAUCUCGAACACAUUGAUCAAAUUAAUAGCCCUCCGUUGCUGCUAAGGAAGUCUCCGGCUCGGACAACGCAGGCCCAGCCCAAUCUCGUUCAGCAAAUCAAACAGACCAUGGCUCCGAUAAUGCACGGGGGAGUGAUCUAUACGCGCCAAAUACCAGUCAACAUUGGAGGUGGGCAGACCAUCAACCUCAUUACGGUUCCGAGCUCGAACGCAGAACACGAGGAUUCGAAUCAGAAACAGCAAUCGGAAGUUAAAUUUGUUAAUCAAAACGCUGAAAUCGAUUCGCCGAUUAUUAAAAUCGUCCAACAGAAUCAAACCGCAACUAAUGGCGACACACAUCAGGACGAACACAGUGCUCACGUCGGCGCGAACGCGGAAUCGUCGAGCGCUCCUCCGCCGCAACCACAACCGGUCCUAACUCAAAUGAGGAUCAAGUUGCCUAUGCUCAGCAAAAAUCCGCAAAUGGUAUCAGGAGCUAGAGUCGUCAGACCCUCAUUUUUUCAGAUACAGAGAAACGUGAUCGGUGGCGCUAAUCAGCCUGUAUACCAGCAACUUGUCCUCACAGCUGCUCCCCCGCUGGGACAGCAGACCAUUAGGCUACCACAGACACAGACCAGGCCCGUUAAGCUACCGUCUGAGAACCCAACAGCUGAAUCUCAGAUGAGCACGUCGACUUUAGAACAAUUGCGAGAGUUCGAUUUAGUUCUAGAGCAGGUUAAAGAGAGGAGUACGGGUCAGCCGAAUUCCACGAGCGCUUUUUCUAAACGUCAUUCUUCAACGUCCGAGGCCUCUGAUACACCAGUGUCGACCAGCUCAGAAUCUUCUCAACAAUCACGCUAUUCCAGUACUAACCAAACAGUAAGCGCUGCGUUCACAACUAGAAAAUCAUCAGUGUCUAGUUCGUCGACCGCUAGCACAUUUGCGCGAUCCCCCGAUUCAUCCGGUAUCGUCGAUUCCCCGUCGUCAUCACACGUGCACGUACCUCAACCAGCAAGGCCAGAAACGACGCCAACCGAGACCACUGCUCCACCCAAGCCCACGAAAUCAACCACAAAGCCAAGAUCAAGACCGAAGGCUUCGUCGAAUCCGCCCAACACUCUUAAAUUACCGGUUCCGCCGAAGACAUCUAGUCAAAAGCCAUUAGAAGAUGAGCAAACGACGCAAAGGAUUCUAUACAUUUUAGCUGAAUAUAAAGAGCAAGUCGAGAAUUCGCCGGAUAAAGAUAAGCCAGCUCCUCGUCGACGAACGAAUCUACCGAUCAACGCCUCUGGUUCGAAGAGGAGGAAAGGCUCGUUUUGCCGUCGCCAUUGCAUGAGUCCGAUACAAGGGGAAGACUCGUGUCGGACAAUGGGCUCUGAAGACAGCAGCUGUGGCACAUCCCUCGGAGACUGUACCGAAAAUGAAUGCAUACAUUCGCCGCAGGAGAGUCCACGGAAAGUUGUUCGGCGAUUGACUUUUGAACAGGACGCUCCAUUGCUACAGCAGCGCCCCCAACCGAGGAACGUGAUUCUCGCUGACGGGCAAACGAUUACGCUGGCCCGCGGGACGGCUGGAAAGCCCACGACAGCAGUUUUGAUGCCGGCCAAUUACAUUUUGCCCGUCUCCAUGGUCAAAGGGGGGCAGCAGAUCGCUAUAGUAACGAAUCGGGGGCCGAAGCUCCUGACUGUGACUGGUAGCGACGGAGCCACAACCAACGCGUUAUUGUUGCAACGCUUGGUCGGACCGGCCGGAUUGAAGCCGGUGCUGUCGCGACCCGGGGUUCGCCACGUACGUCUGCCUGCCUCAGCGUUGCAUAACCUUCAGGCCUUCAACCUAUCGACGGCUACGACGGUGCAGCCUCCCGACAGUACCGCCGCGACAUCCUCGGCGCCCGACCCGCCCGAGCUACUGGACACUCGAGCGACCAGCUCCCCGUGGGCCGAGCGAGAUUCCCAAGAUCCAAAACCGGACAGCGACUCGAGUCCCGAUGGCUCAGGACCUUGGAACUUGCCAACGUCGUCCGAUCCUCUCGACUACGCCUACGAGGAGACUGUACGCACAGACAACAUGGAUCGGACAGUGCUCGACGCACUGCCCGAUCGUUACACUCCCGAUAUGGAGGCCCAAAGGAUUUUUGAUAAGAUGUUCGACGUUGACUCGAAAAAGUCUUUCAUGGUCGAUAGCCAGGACGAUUCGCCGCGAUGCGGCUACGAUAUAGACACGUCAGAUUGCGACGAUAAGGCUUACCAUCAGGUUGUCCAUCGGAAGGAUGGGACUCAUCGCAGGCUCACCCACGUUUCCGCUGCCGCCCUCAGACAUAAAUACGCUAUAUUGGAACACGAAUUACGUUUACAAAAAUCCCUGUCUGAAGAGUGCGAGGACCUGGGCGUCGAUUCGCCGUCAGCCUCGGAACUGUUCCCGGAAGCGGAACUGCUGUUUGGGUCGUCGCCGGCACACGAGCACACGCACGACCACCACACGCACACACCGCAAACGACGAUAUCAUCCAGCUGCAUACCACAGCCAGACAUGGACGACCAAAUAGCGACCGACCAGCUUCUGCGGCCUCGAACGCAUCAGGAACAAGACCUGGGACUGGGCCUGGAGGACGUCGGUAUUGUGACUGUCAGCGAGGACGGGAUGCAGGCCACCAUCGCGCUAGACCAGGAGGAGUUUGCCCGGUCUCACCCUAACACCACCUUCCACAGUGAACCCACUGAAGAGGGAGAGAUUCAGCCGUUUACUAUAGCCGGUUUCAAAGGACGUCAAAUAACGUCGACCAUAUUCCACGCGAACCGUGCCCCGGCCACCGUGCUCAUGGCGGCCCCGCAGACCACCGUCAUCUCGCAGGCCACGCCCGACGGCACCGGCGUGCAGAACAACGUCAAGUACGACAUUGAGAACAUGAUCGACUCGUUGCCCGACCACGGAGACAACGUCAACAUACCGUCCGUACUUGUGAAGGAAGACGGCCUUACCCGGUACGACAACAUCCUCACUGACAACAGAGAAAUACACAUUUCGAAUACCGCCUCCGCGAUCGUGCACUCCACCGGAAACGCCACCCAGGUGAUCCGGAGAGUUCGCUACGAAGAGAAGAGGGAGAGGGUCAGGGACGUGCGGUAUGCAGUGGACGAACCCGAAGCUCUCAUCGCAGGGGACGACGCGAAGAUGAUGGGCGAGGACAGCUCCAGGGAGGCGACUUUAGAAUCGAUGCCCGAAGACAUGGACGACGACCGAUCGUCGCCCGAGCGACACGGCGACCUGUUCUGGGAGACGAACUCGGAGCGCUCCGAGGGGCGGCGGCCGGACUUCAGCAGCGACAGCGACAAGUGCUACGACGAGACCAACUCGACGGACUCGAGCGGGGCCGGCGCGCACGUGCGGCUGCACUCCGUCAUCAAGGACGCGCGCGAGUGCACGGCGCUCGACGACGCGCACCCGCCGCUGCGCACGUACCCCGCCAAGCGCCCCUACCAGCCCGAGGUCAGCUUGUCGGGCAAGACCCGCGCCGGGGAGCGCCGAGCCUCCGCCCGAGGGGUCGUGAAGCGUGGCUGCCACUGCUGCUCCGGCGAGCCCUUCCCGCCGCGAACUAAGAAGCCGCGGCCCAGGAAGCCGACCCUCGACUUCACUGCAGCGAACUGAAUUAUCGCGAGUCUGCAUUGUUAGCCUCGACGGACCUCACCACUCCUGCUCACGUCUUCGAAGUCAUUGAAUAUGUAAUUUCGAAAAGGGCAUAUCUCACAUAUAUAAAAUAUCAAAUUAAAUGUAUAUACUGAUGUUUAAGAUUUUAAUUCCAGUAAUUUUCAAUUGCUAAUUAAGAUUAAAAUGUAUCUCUCAAAAGUUAAUAUUUUAAAUUUUACACUGCUUUAGAAAAUAAACAGUUUUUUUCAUUACCUGAAUAUUUUACAUUUUCAGAGAUGUGCCCUUUUCGAAAUUGCAUAUUCAAUUAAAAACUGUACCAGAGACGUCGGCCAAGAUAAAUGUGAUUGCGGUUACAGUGAAAGUGAUGUUAAAUUUAAUCCACACGUUUAUAUAUUGAGAUCAAAGAUAGAAUUAAUUUUUUUAGAUUAAACACAAUGGCUUAUGUAAUUACCCUGGUUGACAAUUGUACACCUGUCAGUCUCCCGAGGCUUCACAGCCUGCGAGCGAACUUGUUGUUUAUUUUACUAGUUCCUGUAAGCGUUACUAUAAAGUUAUUUUAUAAGUUUUACGUUCACCAUUGAGUGCAUAUGUUUUUUUUUUUAUAUUUUUGAGAAAUGAAAACGUUUUUUUUUUUCCUAUUUCUUCGUUAGUUUUUGUUAUUGUAAAAUAGUUCUAUAAAUAUUGUAUCGAUAAAUGUGAUUGUAUAAAAUUGUAUUUGUAAGUUAAAUGUUUAAUAGGUAAGAGUUUCAUUAGGUGAUUACUGGCCAUACUCAAUAUGUGAAUUUAUUCGUCUGUUAGUUAUAUGUAGGUUUAUUUGUACGUCAACAUUGAAAGUGACUUUAGACUGACCCGAUAAGUUUCCAUUUUCGACAAAAAAAUAUUUUUCAUUAAAAUUUUUGGAUUUUUUUGUUUUAGAAACUGUAUUUUAUUUGAUAGAUUUAGUUGUUAAGCUGACUUCCAAGAGAUUGCACAAAUUUAAAUGAGAUGACGUUGGAAGCUUGCGUUUUUGAUUCGAUGAUGUUUGAGAUUCUUGUAUCUACGAAAUAUUGUCGAUGUAUUUUCGGUGCCAAGUAUCAGCGGCGCGUAACACUUAAAGCUUCUUCACACGUCGUUUUGAUAUAGCCGGUUAAUAAUAAUAAUAAUAUAAAAAAAAAAAACGAAAUGUAUUACGUAUAACAAAUAGAAGAAAAAAUAAAAGCGAUCUUUUUAGUGUGAAUUUGAUAUCUAUAGUAUAAAUAAGACCGUGUAAAUAAAACUUUGUCCCAAUUGUUUUAUUGGGGAUCGUCUAGUCACUAUAGUACUGAUAAUUAAGAUAAAAUGUUACGUAUUUGGGCGUGCGACAUUAGAAUGCCGCUCACGAAUUUGGCUUUAAGCCGUUUCGUUUCACGCAGUAUUCGAUCGCUCGUGUACAUAGACCGUGAGAAGUGUUCGGAGGAUGAAUUAAAAAAAAAAAAAAAAAAACGAGUGAAGAAAAAAUUAAACUUAACGUGUAAAUAAAGAUGCGUUUAGUAAAUUUUAGUGAGUUUUCGAUAGGGCGUUAAUUUAGCGCUCUUUAUAUAUAUAGUGAAAAUUGUAAUUGAAUAAUUUUUUGUGCACUCUCGAGAGCUACGUUCGGCUCGUAGGUCGGAACGUUCUAGAUCUAAGUUAGCGUUAGUAGGUGAUACUUGUUCAUUAGACUGUGCCAGUUUUUUUCUUCAACUAAUAAUCUUGAAAAAAAAAAGACGUCGGUGAGAUUAAACUGAAGGCGCCAAAUUUAAAUUCAGCCUUCGAAAUUUCGUAAUUUAUGUUCGGAUAAUUGAAAAAAAAAAUGAACAACCGUUAUUAUAAUACUGUUUCUUGAAUUAAGAUUCAAAUUUUUUUUUUAAUAAUAAUUAAAAAAUAUGUUGUUAUUGUUCGUGUAAUAUUGUAGAAGGUCAAUUAUACCUUCGAUAUUAAUGUAAAAAAUAAUAAUACAGUAUUGCUACAAGAUGCUUUUUUAUUUGUUGUUUAUUUUUUUCUAUUAUUAAUUUGAAACGUAGGUUUAAUUAAUAAUGUAAGUGGUUUCGGCGCGAAAAGUAAACUUUUCUUUUUGAUUAUGUAAAACGUUUAUUUUUAAAAGUGCUACAAAAGAGAUGAUCAUUAAAUCUUACAAAUUAAA